UCAAGCUUUAAACACAGUUUUGCAGUUGGCUGGGAAGGCUGGUGGCAUGGCCGAAGCAGCCAGUCUCAUUGAGAAGUACAGAGUGGAUGGAGGCGGCGACCUCUCGAAAGCUGCAGAAAUUCAUCAGAGCAUCCUGAGCUUCAAACCUGAUUGGGAAAGCUACGAGGCGACAAAGGCGCAAGCACACGUCUUGAAAUUGAUCGAGGCUGAUGCACCCGCUAUCAAGAACAAAUCAAUGAUUCAAGGCCACAUUCAGGUCGUGCAAGCGUGCAUGAACAUCAUGGCGAGUCGAGAUGAGAAACCUAUUCAGUGGCUCUUGACAUUGUUCUAUGACAUGCUUCGAGAGGAUAGUAGCAGCUACGCCAUCUUUGAGGAGGCUUCAAAGCAGAAGAUCGAGGUCUACAAGCCUCUGAUGGCCUUGCUUCUCCGGCCUGGUGACAACUACACAGCAGACAAGGUCAGUUGGCUGCUUUCUGCGGUGAUCAGCCAUGUCCCGCACAGUGUCACAAAGGCCCAAGUGGAGGAGUUUCUAUCUUCUGUCUUAGAUUCGUCAAAGACAAGUUGCUCGGAACUUGGACAAUUGGAGGCUAUCACAAAUCUAUUGAAGUCAGAUGCCUUCAGAAAGUUCACUUGGUCUGAGCCAGGGAUUCCAGAGAGAAUCUUCCGGAUACAGCCAAAGUCUGCACCGUCACCACACUUGUACAAGUGCAUCUUCGCAAUCUGGGCUUUGUCCUUCGACCAGGAGAUUACUAGCUCACUCAAGGAGAUGCAUGUUAUCAAGAAGCUUCGAGAGACUCUGACCUACAGCAGAGUCGAGAAGGUGAUUCGCCUCUGCCUCACAGUUCUGAAGAACUUCCUUGGCAACAAAAGCCUGUGUGAGGACAUUGUCGAGGAAGGAAUUUUGGAGGCAGUUCAGCAGCUGGAGUUUGAGAAGUGGAGGGAUGCAGAGCUCUAUGAUGACAUCAAGGAUAUGGCCAUUCAAAUUGGAUCAGAGGUGAGUGAGAUGAGCAACUUUGAGCGCUAUGAACGCGAGUUGCAAACAGGAAAGCUCCAAUGGGGCUUCAUUCAUUCGAGCAAGUUCUGGGCAGAGAAUGUCCUAAAGUUUGAGUCCAAUGACUUCAGAGCUCUGAAGGUGUUGGCGUCGUUGCUCCAAAGUCCUGCAACGGACGACACCACAUUGGCCGUGGCAUGUCAUGACAUUGGCGAGUUUGUGACCCUGCACCCUCUGGGCAAGAAGAAGGUUGCCCAGCUGCAGGUGAAGGAGAAGGUCAUGGAGCUGAUGGCAGCCCCUGAGCAGAAAUCCCGAGAGGUGCGUCGAGAAGCCUUGUUAUGUUGUCAAAAGAUCAUGUUGAACAAGUGGCAGGAUAUGGAGCAGGUUCCAAAAUGAAGUUUCGAACUCUUGAGUUGAGUGGCUGCAUUUUCCCGCUCGCUUUAAACAAACACAGAUUGAAUCCAUAAGCACUUGGCCACAAGCACUGCAUAACUUCAGCAUCGCCACGGGACGAGGCCGAGCUGGAACCUGGGCGUGGCUUCCAGCAAAGUCUGUAAGUUGACUUCACAGACUGGGCUCAACUUAGAAGGUUAGAAGCUUAGCAGUAGCAGAUCUUAACAGCUUGUUGGACCUUGCUGGGAACUUUUAGCUGAGUUUCUGCGGGAUUCCCCAGCUCAGAUGGAGCUCCUGGGAUGUCUUAGGCUGUAUGUCACGAUGUUUGUCAUUUCUGUUCCAAAACCAACCGAUGACGCUUUGUUUCCCUCGUCAUUCCCACUCCGAAGCUGUGACCAUUAGAGCCGGCUGGAGGAGCGGACAGGGAUAGGG